UUUUAUGUUUUAUGUAUCCGAUCUACGAGUAUAACGUUAUAUUGUUGCCAGGAUGACGAUCUUCAAUGUUCUGACGGUGGGCAGGGAAGGGAUUGGCAAAUCCACAUUUAUUGACAUUCAUACCAAUGAUGACGGGACCUACAACGACAUGUCGAUAUCGACAGUGGAUGGAGAUGACUACAAUGUGAAAUAUUUCGAGUAUGAGCUCAAACACAGCGUAGAUCAGUACAAGAACAAAGAUCUCAUUCUCUGUUGUUUUGCUGUCAAUGAUGUUGAUUCUUACAACAAACUCGACAGCGAAUACAUUGCUGAGGCGCGACGUGAAGCUAAAGGGGUGCCUUUAUUAGCAGUUGGAACAAAAUGUGAUCUGAGAGAUGAUCCUAACAGAGAAGACAUGGUUAGCGUGGAGCAAGGAGUAGAAAUGGCUAUCAAGGUUGGUGCCACUGCCUAUUUGGAAGUGUCCACAAAGGAGAACUUAAACCUGAACCAGCUGCAAGAUGAGAUAGUCAAGAUUAUCCUUCACACGAAACCUCAGAAGACAAGCAACUUCUCAUUCGGAAUCGUCAAGUUCCUUCUCGGUCGAUGAUGGGACGGUUCUUAUAUAUCAAGUUCGCAUAAUACAGGCAAUGAAACUGUUUUAACCUCCCAAAGCUCGUGGGAGAAGAUUUAAGUACAAUUUUAGUGGUCUACGAUGCAUGAACUUUUCAUACUUAUACUCAUGGCAACUUUCAUUUUGGAUAGAUAUUAAAUAACGUUACAUUAUAUUUGCACUUACCUAGUUACCUCGGUCUACAAUAAACUCGUUUUUGUACCAAUGAUUCUUAAACAUUGCUAAGCUUAUUCUAAAACACUUACAGUCUUGUUUUGUGGGCUA